AUGGCGCUUAACGCCAUCUUAUGGGCCCCCAUCCAAGCCUACUGCCGCGAGGAACCCACGGCGACUGCGGUUACCUACUUGGACGAUCGCAACGUGGUGGUCCAUGACCACGCUCAGCUCGUUCGCACCCUCCAGUUCUGGAUGCGCUGGGCUGGCAGGUUGGGCCUUGAAGAGAAUGUUGGGAAACAGAAAUUCCUCCCUCGGGGUUCUGCGGCUGCUCAGGAAGUCGACCAAUCUAGGACUGUUGCAGUUGUGCACACACUUCGCAUUUUGGGAGUCGAUUUUCGCACCCGCAUUGAUGGCAAAAACAGGCCCACCUACCAAGACCGCCUGAACGAAGCCCGCCAGCGCCUUGGCCGCAUCGGCUGCCUGCCUGUCUCGUUUCUGGCCAAGUGCCAGUUCCUUCGACAGCUUGUCCUUCCUGUGGCAGUUUGGGGCACAUGGUUUGUUCAUGGCGCAGCCGGCACUUGGAAACAGCUCCAGCAGCGCCUCCUGGGCGUCUUGUAUGGAGGCAGGUCCCCUGCUUCGCCCGACCUGCGUGCUUUGAUGCAGGGCCAUAGCUUGGAUUUCCAAUUCAUGGCCGAUUACCAGACCAUCUCCAUGUGGGCCAAGCUCGUUCAGCUUGGCCGCGCUCGCUGGCAGCCCGGCGCCAUGAGAGGAACUUGGCAGUAUGCCGUUGCUGCCCGCCUUAAAAGCAUGGGCUGGCAUUUGCAGCUUGACGGCUCAUGGACUCAUCAGGCCAUUCCCAGACGAUGCAUCACUUGGGCUAGGAACCUGCAGACCGAGCGCAUCAAGCACUUACUCCGGGAAGCAUGGCGGUUUGAACGCUUUGAAGCGUGGAAAGCCUCGAGCAGACUGGAUGCUGUGGCUGCGGCUAACCCGACGUUCCAAGCAGCUCGAGUCAAGCAGGCUUGGCAGCUGUGGAAUGCCACCUGUGCUCAUGGCCGUGCAGUACUCACCGCUGCAGUGGUCAGCCCAGCACGGCUUCAGGCCAAUAAAAGCGGUGCUGCUGUGCAAUGGUGCCCUUUCUGCAAAGAGGGCUAUGCUCCUACGUGGGAUCACUGUGCUUGGAGUUGCGCGCACUUCGGUGCUUCUCGCCCCGCCCUACCUGGCGACGGCAUGCAGCGUAGGACGGGUUGGCCCGUGGCAGCGCGUACCAAAGCCCAAAAUCUGCGAGUGCUUGACCAUCUUGCUACUGUCCGCAAGAGCCUUGUUGCAUACCGAUGCCUGUAA